AUGACUAAACUGUUAAAUCUCGAAUCAAUUAGAGUUGGAUCUGGAGCUAGAGAUACUGUACAACCUGAAGUUUUGUCAGGAAAUGCUCUUGUCAGUCCGCAAAUCAGUCCAGCGAAGAGAGCUCGUCGAGAGCCUAUCAGAAAACCUAUUAUAACUGCUUCUACAACAGCCGAACUGACAGAGUCAACAUCGACAGGUGAAUUGGCCGAAGACAUCAACGAAACUCAAGAAGUUGUUGAAACAGAUAAUGCGGCAGAACCCAGAACUCCUAAAAGAAAGAGAGUGAUAAACUUUCCUAAUACACCCCAAUCAUCAAAAAAGCUAAAACUUUCCGAAAUCCCUGGAACAUCUGGACUGCAGACUCCUCCAACCACACCUACUGUAUAUUCCCUCGGCAAGGCAGUUUUUCAGAGAGGAUCAAACGUCACUGGUAUCAUUGGACGAGAUGGAGAACGAGAGAAAAUCCAGGACUUUUUGAAAUCGAGAAUCCUUGGAACUGGCGGAAAACACAACGGUGCAUUAUAUUUAAGUGGAUUACCGGGAACAGGUAAAUCUGCCUUAUUAUCAGAGGUAAUUGAAGACCUUUUACGAGACAACGAAAAUGAAAGAGAGUUUGUUCCUCCAAGAGUCGCCAGUAUCAACUGUAUGAUUGUUGACAGGCCCGAGAUGAUUUAUGCGAGAAUCUUGAAAGAUCUCAUGAGCGAUCAAAAUGACGACGAGGUGGACGAGAAUGAUGAGCACGAGGUCGACGGUGACGAAGAAGACACCCGGCUCUCUAAUCAGAUUGCUUUACAUGGUGUCGGCAAGAUUAUAAGUGAUCUUGACAAGCUGUUUUUGACAAAAGGCGACCGUCGUUGCAUAGUUGUUCUCGACGAGUUAGACCAUGUCGUCACGAAGGAUCAAGAAGUGCUGUUCAAGAUUUUCCAGUGGGCAUUUAUCAACUCAUCCAAUCUCAUUCUCAUUGGUAUUGCAAACGCAUUGGACUUGACAGAUCGAUUUCUUCCUCGUCUUCGUUCCAACGGAUUGACUCCAGAAUUACUAGCAUUUGCCCCCUACUCUGCAUCCGAUAUUGAACAAAUCAUUAAAAAGCGUCUGCGUAGCAUGCUCCCAGAAGACUCGACCGACCCUCUUCCUCUGAUGCAACCAGCUGCCAUUCAAUUAUGUUCUCGCAAAGCUGCUGCAAACACUGGUGACCUACGUAAAGCAUUUGAUAUUUGUAGAAGAGCAAUUGAAGUGGCUGAGGAGGAGGUGAGACGAAAAUUUGCUACAAUCGACGAGGACGAGGCCAACCUGGACACUAACGACAAGAAGUCCAAUGACCAAACCAAGCUCCCUGCAUCAUGGAAAAGAGCCAUUGUAAAUGGUCAUAAAUCAAUGGCCUUAACAUCUCUGUCUCUACAAGACGCUCCAAAAGUGACAGUCGCCCAUAUUGCACGAGUGUGUACCAGUGCCUUUGGUGGCUCUACUAGUGGCCGAAUCAAGACGAUGAACCUCCAACAAAAAGCUGUGUUAUGUGUAUUGGUGAUUGCAGAGGCAAGCAGCCCAACAACAAUCAACAAUUCGAUGACGGUAUCGAAGCUCUUUGAACGGUACACAGCCAUUUGCGACCGCGAGAAAUCCAUGGGUCGUUUGCAUUUCAACGAGUACCUCGAAGUUAUCUCGGCACUCGAAUUUUCCGGGGUCAUCACAGUUUCUGGCGUCUGUGGACGAAAGGGCCUGGGAGUCACAGGUCGCCGUCGAACUUCCCGAGGCGGCGGAGGUGCUUCAGCUGGUCAAAGUACACUUGGAUCGCGCGAGGAGUACGGCCAGCGUAAAAUCUCGUCCAAUGUACACAGAGUAGACCUGAUCUCUGCCGUAUCCGACAUCCCCCUCCUCAAACAGUUUCUCGAAGCGACCCUGUAA